AUGGCAUCCUUUUGCAAGAUACAAAUUCUGACGAGUUACUACGACCCAAUUGUAUUUGAAAGAAUAACUAGUGAUUUGAUACAUGAAGCAGCUACUAAGAUCCAAGGCUCUGCUGGCCCGUCUGGGAUCGAUGCGUAUCUGUGGCGCCGCUUCUACUUGUCAUUUAAAACCGCCUCUACAGAUCUGUGUAAUGCAUUAGCUGGGGUUGCUAGAUGUCUAUGUACCUCAUCAGUUCACCCUGAUAGUCUUUCUGCUUUUGUGGCAUGUAGACUUAUUCCUCUGGAUAAGAAUCCUGGUAUACGUCCUAUUGGUAUAGGUGAAGUGCCACGAUGCAUUAUAGCGAAGUCAGUCCUUAGAGUAAUUCAAGAUGAUGUCCAAUAAGCGGCUGGUCCCUUGCAAACAUGUGCAGGUUAUGAGGCAGGUUGUGAGGCGGCUGUUCAUGCCCUUAAUCAGAUUAUGGAUACAGACGAGACGGAAGCAUUGCUGCUUGUCGAUGCUACAAAAGCUUUUAAUACACUAAACAGGCAAGCAGCAUUACAUAACAUUCAAUAUGCCCUGCGAUAUCGACCAUCUUGA